GAAAGAAAAGGAGCGCGCGAAGCCCGCGUUCUUCAGUCUCGCCAGGGUCGCCACAGGGGUCGGACCGAUAUCUAGUCAUUAAAUAUAUAUAUUUUUUAUUAACCGCAAUCAAAAGGUCAUCAUGAAAGUGUUCAUCGUUUUGGCAGCAGCCACCGCUUUAGCGAGCGCUCAAUUCAAAUGCCCCAAUAAGGAUGGACAGUACGAGGACGAUAGACAGUGCGACAAGUUCUACGAGUGCGUAGAUGGCGUCGCUACACAGAAACUCUGCCCCGACGGCUUGGUAUUUGACCCCCUCAUUAGGAAGAUCAACAAGUGCGACCAACCCUUCAACGUUGACUGCGGCGACAGAACCGAACUGCAACCCCCUAAGCCAAAUCACCAGUGCCCACGUCGCAACGGUUUCUUCGCUCAUCCUGACGCUGCUGUCUGCAAUGUUUUCUAUAACUGCAUCGAAGGCGAAGCCACAGAAGUCAAGUGUACCGCUGGUCUCCACUUCGACGAGUACUCUGGCACCUGCGUGUGGCCCGAUGCGGCCGGCAGACAGGGAUGCAAUACUCAAGAGAAGAAACUGAAGGACGGUUUCGAGUGUCCCAAAGAGCAGCAAGUCGACGCAUCAGGUUUGCCCGUAGCCCACCCCAAGUUCCCACACCCCAAUGACUGCCAGCGGUUCUACGUGUGCCUCAACGGAGUGGAGCCACGUGAUCUCGGCUGCCAAGUUGGCGAAGUUUACAACGAGGAGACACAGAAAUGUGACGCGCCUGAGAACGUGCGCGGAUGUGAGGAUUGGUAUAAGGACGCUGAAGAUGCACCAGCACCGAAGGCGAGAUCUUAAGCAUCAGUAGUGAUACAUUUAAAAUAGUGUACUCAUAAGACUUAUAAGUUAAUACAUAAGUUAAACAAUUACUAUACUC